AUGGCUAUUUCAGUAAACAAGACCCUACCUGAUUUGUCGAAGCUGGAACCAUUAGAUGGAACUAACUAUAAGCGUUGGUCCCAAAAAUUGUUGAUUUUCUUUGAACAGCUUGAGAUUGAUUAUGUAUUGUUUUCUGAUUCCCUUUUCAUUGAAACUGAUACCAAUGGAACCUCCUCAGACCCCCUUGCUACACCAAUCACUACUCCUCCUAUUGUUCAAACUAAGCAAGUGGAUGAGGAAUCAAAGAAAAAAUAUGAAAAAGACAACAAGACUGUUAGAGGACACCUACUAAACCACAUGUCUAACCCUCUUUUUGAUCUGUUUGUCACUCAAAAAUCUGCCAAAGAGAUUUGGAACCUGUUGGAAAAGAAAUAUGGUGCUGAUGAUGCAGGAAAAAGGAAGUACGUUGUGGGUAAAUGGCUGCAAUUUCAAAUGAUCGAUGACAAACCAAUUAUGGAGCAAGUGCACAUAUAUGAGAACUUGGCUGCAGAUGUCCUCAAUGAAGGGAUGAAGAUGUGUGAAAUCCUGCAAGCAAAUGUCCUUCUCGAAAAAUUUCCACCUUCCUGGAGUGAUUAUAGGAACCAGCUCAAACAUAAGAAAAAGGAUCUUACAUUGCAAGAACUUAUUAGCCAUAUGAGGACUGAAGAAGCUAAUCGCCUCAAAGAUAAGCAAAUCUCUUCUCUUGUUAAUAUUCCUAAAGCUAAUCUUGUUGUUGCUAAUGAAUAUUCAGCUAAAGAAACAUUCAAGCAUGGUCCUAAGAAAGGUCAUUAUCAAGGGAAUCGCAAAAAUGCGAGAACCCGGAUCAACAAAGGUGGGAACAAGAUUGAAAAAGAAAAAGACAAAGUUGCAGUGCUAUACAUUUCGCUUCAGCGAGGGAUCCGUUUCUAUGACUUUGAAGAGGCUCAGGAUGGAGAAUGUGUCUACAUGGGCAACCAAAGUAAAUUUAGUGUCGGUGCUUUUAUUGAACAAGGUGGCUCGAAAAUUGUGUUGGAAGCUGACAGAGUAGUUUUGACAAAAAAUGGAGAAUUCGUGGGGAAGGGAUAUCUGAAUGAGGGUCUCUUUGUAUUGAACAUUGCUAAUGGUAAUUCUUCCUCUUCUGCUUAUAUUGUUGAAUCUGUUAAUUUAUGGCAUGGUAGACUUGGGCAUGUGAACAUAGCUUCUAUUAAAAGACUUAAAAAUCUAAACUUGAUUCCUGCUGUGAAUGUGAAUGAGUUUUCAAAAUGCUCUGUUUGUGUAGAAGCUAAAUUUGCCAAGAAACCUUUUAAAUCUGUUGAAAAUAGGAAUUCUAAAUUAUUAGAAUUGAUCCAUACAGAUUUGGCUGAUUUCAAGAACACAAUUAGCAAGGGAGGUAAAAAAUAUUAUGUGACUUUUAUAGAUGACUUUUCUAGAUAUACCAAAGUUUAUCUCCUAAGGUCAAAGGAUGAGGCUGGUGAGAUGUUCUUGAAAUAUAAAACAGAAGUGGAAAAUCAAUUGGAUAGGAAAAUAAAAAGAGUUAGAUCCGAUAGAGGAGGGGAAUAUAAUACUGAUUACCUUAAGGAAUUCUGUGAAAAGAAUGGGAUUAUACAUGAACUUACUGCCCCCUAUACACCCCAACAAAAUGGCAUAGCUGAGAGGAAAAAAAUAGAACUCUUAAAAAAUAUGUUGAAUGCUAUGCUUAUAAGUUCGAGUCUAGCGGAUAAUAUGUGGGGAGGCAGUUCUUUUCGACUUGUUAUAUUCUUAUGUGGGUUCCUCAUAAAAGGUUGGAAAAAACCCCUUAUGAAUUAUGGAAAGAUGCUCCAUUUCCCGAAUCUCAGUGAUGCGAAAUUUUUUGAAAGUGAGUUUCCUUUGAAGAAAUCCAAUACUAACAUUGAUUACGUGUCUUUGAAUGAUACUAGUAUGCCUCUGUCUUUGCCUAGUUCUUCCUUUGAUAAUGAGUAUGUUGAUAAUCUUAGAUGUAGUAAAAAGGCAAAAGAACCGAAAAAGUUUUUGAGCUGA